UUGGUCCUCAGUCGAAAACGGGUCGUGCGCCCUCUCCAGGUCGGGGAUGAGGUCCUGUCCCAAGUGGAAGAGUUCAAUUAUCUUGGGGUCUUGUUCACAAGUGAAGAAAGAAGAAAAGAGAAUGACCGGUUUGGACUCAAAGAGCGGAUUUAACACUCUGGUUUCUCAAUACGAGGAUGACUUGGAACCUGCUGGAAAAAAUGGGCAACAAGCAUCCUGCGCGUUACUUUACAAAGCAGCUGUGGCGAGCCUGGUGAUACUCGCUGCCUUAUUAGUGACGGUUGACAUUUACCUGCUGAAUUACUAUCUCACGCACCACGAAACCCAGCAGUCUGUCAACGAUGCAGAACUUAUCGAGAGACAGCUGAUCAGACUCCAGGAAUCAUACGAGUUUGCGGUCAGAAACAUGACCGAGACCAAGAAGCAGCUGCACAGUGAAAUGAUUAAACAAACCCGAAGCAACUGGGAGUUUGAACACCACAAAAGAAGGACUAAAGACUAUGAAGAGCAACUUGAUAAAAUAGCCCAAGAUGUCAGUUAUCUCAAAUCUUUCUUUCCAAUGAUGGAGGACGGCUGCAGACGAUGUCCGACAGGAUGGAUUUUGAUGAACUCCACGUGCUACAACUUCGGCUUAACCGAUAUCAGUGGAGUCAAAUCAUGGCAAAAUGCUCGCAAUUUCUGUCUGAUUCACGGAGGUGACCUAGUAGCCAUUGACAGUCUCGAAGAACAGAUUGCCAUCAUCAAUUUCCUAGAAAGCCAUAGAGAUCGUUCGGUGAUUAACUACUCAUUUUGGAUUGGAUUGUAUUUUGACAAUGAGGGACUUUGGAGAUGGACAGAUGGAAGCGAACUAAUCGAAGGGUACUGGGCCAAUGGACAAUCAAGUGAUGACGUUCGUAACAGCUGUGCAGCUUUAUAUAAAGAAAUAAACUUCUUCAGUGCUUGGAUUAGUAUUGACUGUACAAGCAGGACGAAGUGGAUUUGUGAAAAAGCCCCAAUGUAAUACGCAGUGAAAAAAAGAUGAAAGUGAAUAGCAAAAAUCUGGAAUCUUCAAAUUCUCCCAAAAUCUUGACCAUUUAUUACUGAAAUCUACUAUAAUGUGUAAAAAGGAAAGUUCUAACCUGUUGCACAUACUGUACAAUAUAUGCAGUACCGUAUAUAUAUUUUUUUAAUUGAAAUCUUCAGUCAAAAUGCUGGUGCGACCGAUACGCGUGAUAUGCUGUCGUAAAAUUGAAAAAGCAUACAAUUUAGCAUUAGCUACGCUAACUACAUAGACAAGUUACACUCACAAUCGUCUACAAAUGUCAAAUGCAAAUAUUACAACAUCUCAUACAAAAACACAAAUAUGCACCGUACUUUGGACAAACAGUACUUACAGACAAAUAAAAUAUUUUAUUGUGAUUUAUACAUUGUAUUUUCAUUACUUGAAUGUAGCUUUAUUUACUAACAACUUACAUACAG